UCUGUGACUCUGCGAGUGACCGCUGAUACCUGAGAGACACUGCCCGGGGCCGAGCGGACAUGGUCUCUGUGUGUCGCGGUUAGCUUCAUCCUGUGCGGGACGAACAGACUGGGGACACUGGUAAACACGAGCUAAACCACUAUGGGAAAUAACGUCCCUCUUCAUAGCCAAGCGAAUAUAAAGUACGUGACACAAAGACGGGAACGUUGAGGACUGAGGGAUGUGAACCAAAAUAUUAACGUUCAGUGCAGCCGGAUUGACGAGACAGAACCGGUGUGGGCGGGUUCAGGGGGGCCGGCUGCGUUUGAGCAGGGAAGGGGAGGAUGAGCAGCCCGGGACCGAGCAGCGGGACCAACGGACCGGAUCAGCUCUUUGAAGAUUUAUGGCGACGGCUCGGAGAGUGCCACCGGGACGCGCUUCAAGAGCUGGAGGCAAAAGUGAGCAGGCUGAAAAAGGAGCGCUGUUUAGACGCCCAGAGGCUCGAGGUGUUUUACAAUCGCAACCAGCAGCUGAAGGAGCAGAACAAGAGCCUGCAGGAUGCCGUCGGUCUCUUGGAGGAAAGGCUGCGAGCAGGAGAGUGUGAUCGGUGUGCCACCGCAGAGGAGAACCUGAAAAGCAACCGGGACCAGAAUCUGCAGCUCGUCGCCAACCUGGAGAACGAAAGAAAUGGCCUCAAGGAUGAAAACCGAAAACUACAUGCUGAACUGCAGCGGUUACAGGUGUCUCGCUCAGAGCCCCGGCGGUCCUCAACCCCACAACAGGAAGAAGGCGUCAUCCCGGACUCGCCGGUCCUGCUGGGCUCGCUGCCCGCGGCGAACAAACUGAGGAAACGUAAAAAUGUGGUCAAAAGCAGGCACGUCCGCUAUGCAGAAGUGCCUCUACCGCAGUGCGACAGCUCGCUCUUCAGCGGGCUGAGUAAGGAGCCUGCUGAUGCCUCAAAGAAUCCCGGGAGAGCAGAAGUGCUCGUACCCGACACGUGUGAACUGGACACAACCCAAAUCCCAAAAGACGUGAAGCAGUGUAUGGAGGAGGCGAUCGCAGAAACCUGUGUUCUCCAACGUCUUGACCAGCAUCACGCGAAAACUGAAUGGACUGCAGGGCAGCAGAGCAGCUCAAAAACUCCCUGGAAGAAAGAUGUUCGUUUAAAGCCUUACUGCUCCUCCGGUUGGUCCACGCUGAUCCACAGUCCAGACCUGACCACAGAAAGGUCCCCGUCUCUUCUGCCCCGGGUCAAGAGGUUUUCAGACGAUGGCUCCGUUAACAGAGCAAAACGCAAGAAGGAGGAAGCUGAGCCGGAGGUGCAAGAGGACGCCAAACGCGGGAUCCAGGAAGGGGUGGACACACAGAAGGAAGCCAAACGCACACAACCUGAACCGAUCAAACGGAGCGCCACCCCUUUAAGCAAUCAAAGCUUCACGAAGCAGCUACUGGACAGCAAGGUUCAGUCAGCACUACAUGGGGCCUCCAGCCCAAGGCCAAGUGUUUCCGGUGCUAGUCCUGCCUUCAAGAAGCCAAACGGGAAGGUUAAAGGGGAAGGGGCCGGUGUUGGGAAGAAAAGGAACCCCCUGCAGGAUCUGAACGCUUCACCUGACCAACAUGAAGCAGAGGAUGCCGAGAGGAAGCACAAGGUGGAGCCCACGUGGAGCGUGGACCCUGCACUCGCCCUGUCCACGUACGACAGUGAGUGGAGAGGAGACGAGCAAGAAGAGAUUCACGGAGAACCGGCAGAUACCGACUGCACUUGGGUCAGUCACAGCUUACUCCAGUGCCGGGACAGAGGGGACAGUGUGUCCGGGCUCGGCCAGAAGGCUAAUGACAGUCUGGAUUUGAUGUUUGACACCACAGCUUACGGGGAGUACAAGUCUUACAACGGUUCACAACUAGGCCAGAGCCAGCCCUGUGACGACGACGACGACUACGAUGAUGAAGAGGAGGGCGAAAAGGACAGUGGACGAGAUUCUCCCGACAAGGCUUCAGCUCAAAGUAAAGCACGACACCCGACAUUUGCGCACGUGGCAGUAGUUCGCAAGAAAGACGAGAGGAGAAAACUGAAGGGCACUACCUGCAAGGAAUGUGAGAUUUAUUACGCUCAUCUCUCAGAGGAGGAAAAACAGAAAAAGUUGUCUGCGUGCUCGAGGCACCGCUUUCUUUACAUUCCUCCCUGUACUCCUGAAAACUUCUGGGAAGUUGGAUUCCCAUCAACACAAACAUGCAUCGAAAGAGGUUAUAUCAAGGAAGAGAAGAAUCCUCAGGUACGUUCACGGAGAAGACAACCGUUCAACGCUUUGUUCUCCCAGCAGCAGGAGAGAAACCAGCAGGAGAGCUGAAGAAGUUUGGCCCAUGUAGAGCAAGAAAAAAAACCCACUACACUACACAAAGAACAAGCCUGUUAAUGUGUUAAAACUGCACUGAGGAGUACAGCGACGCCUCCGAAGAAUGUGUCCUCUUCUUUCAUUUCAACAGCAGGCUCCUCAAGUUUGGCAGGUUAAUUUGUUUGUGUAGAAACUAAGUAUGUCUGAGCUAUGUUUGGAUAAAUAAAAGAU